AUGGCUAUGAGUCGCCCACAAGCCUACGAGGGUAUGCCCAUAUCCACCUCUCAGAUGAGAUCGGACUCCAGUGAGGGGCAUCCGUUGUACACUAUGGAGCAACAGCAAGUUCAUGGCUCCUACAAUGGGCAAUACGGGGUGCAAAGUGCUCAACACGGGGGAUACCAGGGCGCACAAAUCGAUCCGGGCUGGACAGAGCGAGUUCUCGAUGAAAUGAAGGACAUGCUACUUCUCCUCAACCCCCAGGGCCGAAUCACCUAUGCCUCGCCAUCGUGCAAGAAUAUCACCGGCCGUAUCGCAAAGCAACUUGAGGGAAGUCUUCUGGCGCAGUACAUACAUGCGGACGACAAGCCGAUCUUCCAAAGAGACUUGGACGAGUCGAUCGCCGCAAACCAAUCGUUCCGGACCCAUUUGCGAUUUCAAAAACCCAACAGCACAUAUUGUCUCAUGGAGGCCUAUGGUCAUCCACAUCUUGCAAACCAAGAUGAGCGUCAGGCAGAGAGAUCCACAUCCGCCAACGGGCCCUGCACCGGAUUUUUCCUCGUGUGCCGACCGUAUCCCAACAAGGUCUCGCAGCUCCUUGACUCUUUUUUGGAACACAAGAUUGAGAACGCACGGUUGAUCCAACAGAUUGCCAAAUUGAAACAAGAAGAAGAAGAAGAUGCGACCGCGACUCGGGUGCCCUACUCUAUGCGCGACCAGGAUUUCCGCGUUCCCGUGACUGAGAACCAGGGCCUACAAUCCACUCGGUCAGGAGAAGUAUCUAGUGAUCCUGAUACUACAGACACCGUGGGGCCGACCUCGGAUGAAUCCGACACGGGCCAAUCAACGAGCUAUUACCCAGAGCCGCCCAAUACUCGUGAAGUCUACUCACACAUCGACGGCAUCGAAGUCAUGACCGGUCUUUACUACGGGGAGGGCGAGAGAUCCCAAGGCCUCAGCACAGGUGCCAGCCGUGGGCGUAUUGUACAUUGCGAUAUCGACAUCACCACGGCUGCUGACCAAGAGCGCAAUGCUCAAGAAGGCGAUCGCCGCAAAAGACUCAAGGCCCAGCAUGUUUGUAGCGACUGUGGAACAGCAGACUCACCAGAAUGGAGAAAGGGUCCAAAUGGACCUAAGACUUUGUGCAAUGCUUGUGGCUUACGCUGGUCUAAGAAGGAGAAGAAACGUCAGGAGUCGACAUAA